AUGUAUAAGGAUAUUAGGGGAGACCGAGGUGAUAUUUGUUGGAAGAAAUUGGUUCAUAGCAACCAUGCUCGACCAAGGGCCUGUUUCAUACUGUGGUUGGUCAUGCUAGGAAGGCUCCCUACGAAAGACAGACUUGCGAAGAUUGGUAUCGUCACGGAUGGAUGUUGUGUGUUCUGCCCAGAUAGCGAAACCUUGCCUCAUCUCUUUUUUCAAUGUGAGUAUACUAAGCGGAUAUGGGAGCAAAUCUUGGUGUGGAAUGGAUACUCUAGACCAGUGCUGGAAUGGGACAGAGAAAAAGCCUGGCUCAUUAGUGAAACGGGAAAAAAGGGAUGGCGUAGAGAUAUUCUGAAGAUUUCGGUUACGGAAACAAUAUACUAUAUCUGGAUAACUCGGAAUGCUGCUAUAUUCCAAACUCAGAUUCCUAUCAAUGUGGUCCAAAAUAUUAAACAGGCAGUGGUUACUAGAUGUAAAGGUCGGAAAAUUCUGCGUGGUCAUGUGAACAUAGAACUGAUGAAGAUUGGCUAG